AUGGCUGAAGCAUCCUCUGGAAAAAAGCUUUCUGGGGCAGCAGGCAGGAAUAAACCUGAUGAGCAGAGGAAGACUAGGAGAGGUGACUUGGAUCAACGCUAUGAGUACAUAUUUUCAGUGUUGUCAUAUCUCAUUGGUAUGCAUAGGAUGGAGAUCCUUGACAACCUGCUGGAAGGGGACCAGUUGGACACAAUUGGAGCCUUUUUCUCUUCAUCUGACACAAAUUCCAAACUGGUCUGGUUCCAUCAAACCAUUGAUGAUGGUGAAUCCUCAACCCGUCGCAGCAGUCUGACAUCCCCUUCAGCCAUUGUCACCACGCAACAAUUGAAUUUGGAAGCCAGUGUUGCCGAAGUGGCAGCCGAAUCAGGCGGAAUGUUGCCACCCAUCAACCGCUUCAGUUCGCCCGUAGUGACACCUACUGGCGGGAGCAGUGGAGCUCGAGCCCGAGCGAGAGGAGUGACACCUGCACCGCAGGCCGUUGCGCGCAAGAAACUUUUCCUCACAGAUGGCUCUAGUCUGCCGCUUGCUGGCAUUUGCAUCUACGCCUUGAAAAUCAAUCCCGACAAGAACAUCACCGAAGACAACAUCCCCAAGGAGGUGACCUUUGGGUACAUGUCAGCAGACCAAUAUGCUCUAUUGAAUGUUCCUGAAAGACUGAUAACAAAGGUCUUCAUCCCAGUUCUCAAUGAAGGACAUUGUGAACUGGACAAGACUUCACCAGGCAAAGUUGCCAAAGAGGACCUAUUGGCAGCUCUGCAGUCUUUUGCAAGUGUCUGUUUAGCAUCUGAAGAAGCACUCAGGGAAAAAGUGAUUUUGCCAGAGUGCGACCUUCUCAGGAAUGUUUCAGUGUUUCAUGAAGAUGAAAUCCUACCAGCUUUGACUACACCUAUGCACUUGGUGAAACUAGAGGCUUCUUUCAGAAAAUGGAUAACAAUUCUUGAAGGAGUCUUGAAUGAGAGCAACCAACUUAGAAAAGAAGUUGAUGAUGCUGGACCUCAAAAGGAGUUGGAAUACUGGAGAAAGCAAACCUGUCUCUUCUUUUGCCUUAUGAGUCAAAUGAGGGGAAAAGAUGUGGAUAUCUACAUAUCAGCUCUACAAGCAGCCAGAGGGCGCUUGUUCAGAAACUGGAAGAAUGUGGAGGCUGGGGUAAUUGAGAUGUAUAACAUCUCAAGAACCAAUCUAAGAUACAUCAUAGUGAUUGAGAAGCAAUGUCAUCCUUUAUACCUCAGUGGUCCAAAUGAAAUGCUGAAAGUUCUUCCAAGUCUCUUCAACACUGUCAGGAUGAUUUAUGUCAUCUCUCCAUACUACAACACUUCUGAAAGGCUUUCAGGAUUAUUGAUCAAGGUGACCAAUCAGAUGAUAAAGUCCUGCCGGAAGUACAUAACCUGCAACAACCUGGAGACGAUCUGGUCCCAGCCCAGGGCGGAAGUUUUGCGGAAAUUGCGCGACUGUCUGGAUUUGCACACUGAAUACCGGAGGGCGUAUCGUCAAGCCCAGGAGCACUUGGCCACCAAUAACCACGCCCCCUUCAACUUCUCCGCCCACUACGUUUUCGGCAAGUUUGACGCCUUCUGUCGCCGCCUCCAACUCAUCAUGGAGCUCUUCAACCUGGUUGACAAAUACAAAAAGUUCCUUGGCUCUGGGGUGGAUGGUUUGCUUCCCAGAGACAAAGCCCUCGGAGAAAUCAUGGCGUCGUUUGACGAAAUGUCCGACUCCAUCGCGCGGAAAUCUUACGAUUGCCUGGACGCGAAACAAAGGACAUUCGAGGCUGAUUACGACAAGUUCAACGAACGUUUGGGCGUGCUAAUCAACAAGAUCCGCAAAAUGUUGGAGAAGCAGUUCAGUGCUGUGUGGAGCUCCGCCCAUUUGGGCAUGAGCUUCCUAGGAAGAUUCGAACGGCUUAGUGAACGGGUUCCGGGGCUGAAUAUAGACGCCAAGUGCUCCGCCAUCUUGGCCACUUAUUCUAGAACACUGGACAGAGUAAAACUCACUUACAACCGACUGAAAGAAAGUCCGCCGAUUCCGAGGAACAUGCCUCCAGUUGCUGGCAGGAUCUGGUGGAUCAGAGGACUGUUUGAGCAAAUAGCUGGACCCAUAAGGCAGUUCAAGGGACACCCAAGGAUCCUAAAGCAACCAGGGGCAGACAAACUCAUACAACGUUACACAUUAAUAUCCAAGACCAUAAUAGAGUAUGAAAUGAUGCUUCAUGACAACUGGUGUGAUGAAAGUAUUGAUCAAGUUCAGUUCAGCUUGUCAUGCACUUUGCUGGUGAGAGUGCAGACUGAAGUUGGAAUUCAAGUCCUGGUGAACUUUGACCCAGACAUAGCAACAGUCAUCAGAGAGGCUGAGUGUAUGAAGAAACUUGGCUUACUUGUACCUGCUGUGACUGAAGCCCUCAUUGCCUGCAAGGGGAAACUAUUUCACAAAAGAGCCAUGCUAGAGCAUUUGCUCAGGGAAUACAAGAGAGUGCAGAAAAAGAUUCCUGGAAGUUUGCAGUCUUUGCUGGUGAGUCAUCUUGGCAGGGUUGAUGAGUGCAUAGAGUGCAUGGAGCCUGCAUUCUACCAACUGACCUGGUCUUCACUGCAAGUAAAAGAAUUUUUCCAGGGCACUUUGGCAGUGCUCAAGAAUUUGGAGACUUUGAUUGAUAGGCAAGUCACCUUUUGUCUCUACCAUGGUAACAACGUAAGUCAUAAUGGGGUAGUCGACUCCUGUACCUGUUUGACGACCGGAGGUCCUAGCAAUCAAACAACAGAUUCCAGGUCACCAACUCCAGGAAGGAAUGACUCAUCCAUGAGUGAUACUCAAGAACAUGUUGGACUGUCUGACAAUGCUGCUCCAGCACCAAUUGAUGGUGGCUUGCAUCAAGACUCUGACUCUUCUCAUACACCAGACAGUGCUGGACAUCUUUUGCAAGUGCCCAAUGAUCAUCACAUGAGGGAUGGUAGUUUGAUCAGUGUGGCCUCUGGUCCAGCACCCAAUUCACUGGCAUGGAAUCAAAAAGAGAAAGCUGCUAGGAGGAAAAAGGAACUUACUGAUAGGGUCAACCAUGCUGCUCAGGAACUCAAGAGGUACUACAACAUGAGGGUUUUGGAGGCUAUUGUUAACAGCACCAAGAAAGCCUUGGAUGAAAUCAGGAAAAGAAUUCUGGAUCAAUGUGACCAAGACAAUGGGCCAGAGCAUGAGGUGAUCUCAGCUCCAAUGAUCCCAGGCCAAACAGAGGCAUCAUUCAGUCUGCGCAACAGCCUGAGGAAAAAGCAUUGUCCAAUGUUCAGAGUGAAAGCUGAGCUUGGCACUCAGUAUCUCAAGAUUUCUCCAUCCCUUGAGGAAAUCCAGGAACACAUUGCCAAGGCAGCCAAAAUCAUAACUUCAGCAUCUAAAGCUGUUGGACAAUGGGCCAAGCAAAGAAGGGCAUUGGGAGACAAUUUGACAUUUCUGGCACAAGCCAUGAAGAAGGAUGUGGUCAUUUGGAAGACCAUUUCAGAUGAAUCUUACCGCUCAUGUCUCCCCAAACUCAGCCAAAGGCAAGAAAUAGUUCCUUUAGUAAAGGAGGAGACCAGCAGUAGUGAAAGCAUUGAAAACAAUGGUGGACCACCUUCAAGCACAAAGCCACCAUUAGGAGCAGCUAAAAUCCUUACCAGGGCUGCUAUGAACUGUCUGGAUGCAACUCAGCAACAACAACAACAACAACAGCAGCAAAUCCAACAGCCAACACAAUCUUCAGGGUCAAGUCCUGUAAAGAACAUGGCUGCCUUGAAGGCCAAGAAGCCAUGGUUAAUCAAAAGAGGCAGAGCUGCAACUGUGGACACUUAUGCAAUUCAACCCAUCAGGCCCAAAAACUAUUACCACAGUGUAACUGAGCACAAGGAUGUGCAGAAAUCCAUGAGUCUGAUCAUGAACUGUCUUCAGACAUGCAAACAGGAAACCAAGGAAUUUUUCUUGCACUGGGAAAGUUAUUCCAGCCUGACAGACACUGACAGAGAAGGGGCUCUCAAACACUAUCUAUCAACAAACCCUACUGUUGUGGAUUUUGAAGACAAGAUAAAUUACUUUCUUGACCUGGAAAAACGAGUCACUGAAGAACCUGAUGUCCAUUUCAUUGGAGCAAUUGAAAUCUCCUGCUGUGACUUGAAGGACAUGCUCAGAGGGGAAGCUGAGAAUUGGAUCCAUAGAUAUGGAAAAUCCUGCAAAGUUGAAUACAGAAGAAAGAUGGACAAGAUUGUGGCACAAAUAAAUGACCUGAGCAGAAAAUUGAGCAGGCCCAUAAAAGAUCUGGAUGACCUGAGACUUGGCAUGCAUGCCUUGCGACUAAUCAGAGACAAGGAGAUUGACAUGGAAAUGGCCAUUGAUCCAAUUGAGGACUGUUUCUCCCUGAUGGCCAAGCAUAACGUCAAAUUGAGCAAAGAAGAAACAGAGAAAGCAGAUUCUCUGAGAUACAGUUGGCAGAAGUUGCAGGCCCAGGCUACAGAUCUGCAAACCCUGUUGGCAGCCCUGCAACCCCAGUUUAAGCAAGACCUCAUCAAGAACUUGGAUCAGUUCCAAAAGGACAGUCAAACCUAUUGCAAGGAAUACCACAUCAGUGGACCCAUGGUUUCAGGGUUGGCCCCAAGGGAAGCAUCUGAUAGGCUGCUUAUUUUCCAGAAUCGCUUUGACUCCUUGUGGAGAAGGUACAUUGUGUAUUCUGCUGGUGAAGAACUCUUUGGCAUGGAUCCAUCAGAAUACCCAGAAUUGUCACAUAUCAAAAAGGAGCUGAACCUUCUUCAGAAGCUGUACAGACUUUACAAUGAUGUAACAGACAGAGUCAGUUCCUACUAUGACAUCCUCUGGGCAGAAGUCAACAUUGAGGAGAUCAACAAUGAGCUUCUGGAAUUCCAAAACAGGUGCCGGAAACUUCCAAAGGGCUUGAAAGAAUGGCCAGCAUUCAACACACUGAAGAAGACAAUUGAUGAUUUCAAUGACAUGUGUCCACUGCUAGAGCUAAUGUCCAACAAGGCAAUGAAGGCAAGGCAUUGGCAGAGAUUAGCAGAAGUCACUUCUUAUGACUUCCGCAUGGAGGAGCAAGAGAACUUUUGCCUCAGGCACAUCAUGCAAGCCCCUCUGCUUCAAUUCAAAGAGGACAUUGAGGACAUUUGCAUAUCAGCUGUGAAAGAAAAGGACAUUGAGGCUAAGCUGAGGCAGGUGACCAAUGAGUGGAACUUGCAUGAGUUGACUUUCAUGCCAUUCAAGAACAGAGGAGAAUUGCUUCUCAGAGGUGACAACACUGCUGAGAUCAUCUCUAUGCUUGAGGACAGUCUCAUGGUACUUGGAUCACUCUUGUCCAACAGGUACAAUGCACCAUUCAGGAAGCAAAUUCAAAAAUGGGUCUCAGACUUGUCAAACACAAAUGAGAUCCUUGAAAGAUGGUUGUUUGUUCAGAAUCUCUGGGUUUACUUGGAAGCUGUUUUUGUUGGAGGUGACAUUGCAAAGCAGUUACCCAAAGAAGCCAAAAGAUUUUAUGCCAUUGACAAAUCAUGGCAGAAAAUCAUGAGCAGGGCUCAUGAGCUACCAAAUGUAGUUCAAUGUUGUGUUGGGGAUGAUUCCCUAAAGCAACUGUUGCCACAUUUGCAAGAACAGCUGGAAUUGUGCCAAAAAUCCUUAUCGGGAUACUUGGAGAGGAAGAGGCUUAUGUUUCCAAGGUUUUUCUUUGUCUCUGACCCAGCUCUUCUUGAAAUCCUUGGGCAAGCCUCAGAUUCACAUACAAUCCAGGGUCAUUUGAAAAGCAUCUUUGACAACACUAAAUCAGUCAUUUUUCAUGACCAGGACUAUGACCGUAUCACUGGGAUUGUGUCUUCUGAAGGAGAAACUAUUCAGUUGGAGAGACCAGUGAGGGCAGAAGGCAGUGUGGAAGUGUGGCUAAUGAGGCUUUUACAAAUGGCGCAGAAUUCUUUGCACUGCAUCAUACGCUCUGCUCAUCAGUAUGCAAAUGACCCCAAUUUCAAUGUCCUUCAAUUUUUUGCCACUUAUCCAGCUCAAGUGGGAAUCCUUGGGUUACAAAUGAUUUGGACCAGGGAUUCAGAAAUUGCUCUUGUUCAUGCAAGAGUUGACAGGAAAAUCAUGGCUGAAACAAACAACAGAUUCUUGGAUUUACUCAACAUACUAAUUUCACAAACAACCAGGGACUUGGGAGUUGUGGAAAGAACCAAGUUUGAGACUCUCAUCACUGUCCACGUGCAUCAAAGAGACAUUUUUGACAACCUGGUGAGAAUGAAUGUCAAGAGUCUGAUGGAUUUUGAGUGGCUGAAGCAAUGCAGGUUCUACUUCAAAGAAGAACAGGACAAAACCUGCAUUUCUAUUACUGAUGUGGACUUUUUGUAUCAGAAUGAGUUUCUGGGCUGUACUGAAAGACUGGUCAUUACUCCAUUGACUGACAGAUGCUACAUAACUUUGGCACAAGCUCUGGGGAUGAGCAUGGGAGGAUCACCAACUGGUCCAGCAGGAACUGGCAAGACAGAGACAGUCAAAGAUAUGGGAAAAACUUUGGGCAAAUAUGUGGUGGUCUUCAAUUGCUCUGACCAAAUGGAUUACAGAGGGCUGGGAAGGAUAUACAAAGGAUUGGCACAGUCUGGAUCUUGGGGUUGCUUUGAUGAGUUCAACAGAAUUGAGCUCCCUGUUUUGUCAGUAGCUGCACAGCAGAUUGCAGUUGUUUUGUCCUGUAAGAAAGACAGAAGGAAGACAUUUGCCUUCACUGAUGGGGACAUUGUUGACAUGAACCCUGAAUUUGGCAUCUUCCUCACAAUGAACCCUGGGUAUGCUGGGCGCCAAGAACUACCAGAGAACUUGAAAGUUCAAUUUAGGACAGUGGCCAUGAUGGUACCUGAUCGUCAAAUUAUCAUUAGGGUGAAACUUGCUUCUUGUGGCUUUUUGGAGAACAUCACCUUAGCCAGGAAGUUCUUCACUUUGUACAAGCUUUGUGAGGAACAACUGACCAAACAGGUUCACUAUGACUUUGGCCUGAGAAACAUCCUGUCAGUUCUAAGAACCCUAGGAGCAGCAAAAAGGGCUCAUCCCAAAGACUCUGAGAGUACCAUUGUCAUGCGAGUUCUCAGGGACAUGAAUUUGUCAAAACUUGUUGAUGAAGAUGAGCCUCUCUUCAUGUCUUUGGUCAAUGAUUUGUUCCCUGCCAUUUCUUUGGAUAAAGCUGGACAUCCUGAACUGGAGAAAGCUAUCCAUGAACAAGUCAAAGCUGCAGGUCUUAUUUAUCAUCCUGCUUGGGCCAUUAAACUCAUUCAGCUUUAUGAAACACAACGAGUGAGACAUGGGAUGAUGACAUUGGGGCCAAGUGGGUCUGGGAAGACAACUUGCAUUCAGAUCUUGAUGAGAGCCUUAACACAAUGUGGAGAGCCACACAGGGAGAUGAGGAUGAAUCCAAAGGCCAUCACAGCUCCACAGAUGUUUGGUAGAUUGGAUGUUGCCACCAAUGACUGGACUGAUGGUAUCUUUUCCACCCUAUGGCGCAGAACCCACAAAGUCAAAAAAGCUGAACACAUUUGGCUGGUGUUGGAUGGACCAGUUGAUGCAAUUUGGAUUGAGAAUCUCAACUCAGUCCUGGAUGACAACAAAACACUGACUUUGGCAAAUGGUGACAGGAUUCCCAUGUCACUCAAUUGCAAAAUAAUUUUUGAGCCUCACAACAUUGACAAUGCCUCUCCAGCAACUGUGUCCAGGAAUGGAAUGCUCCUUACUUUGUUGCAAGGCUUAUUGCCUGCUGAAGAGAAAUAUGACAAAAAUGCAAACCUGGAUGAAGAUGAAGAUGAUAGAGCAUCAAGGAAAAGAGAUAAGUCCAAUAAACAAUCAUUUGGUGUACACGUUGGACGGUUGUAUGUCUUUGCUCUCAUGUGGAGCAUGGGGGCAUUUCUUGAAAUUGAAGACAGGGUGAAGUUUGAGGAACACAUCAGAGCCACCAAUUCACUGAACUCUUUACUGGAUUUGCCCAAGGUGGAACACAACACACCCUCAGCAUGCAUUUUUGACUAUGUUGUUGAUCAAACAGGUCGGUGGGUGCACUGGAACUCAAGAGUAGAAGAGUUCAUCUAUCCAGAGACUCAUACUCCAGACUUUGGGUCCAUUCUGGUCCCAAAUGUAGAUAAUGUGAGGACUGACUUUCUGAUUCAUACUGUGGCCAAGCAGAACAAGUCUGUGUUGCUGAUGGGAGAGCAAGGGUCAGCAAAAACUGUCAUGAUUGAAGCAUUCUUGCGCAAAAGCAAUUCUGACAUGCACAUCUCAAGGAAGAUGAACUUCUCCUCAGCAUCCACUCCAUACAAUUUCCAGAGGAUCAUGGAGGGCUACUUGGACAAAAGGAUGGGAAGCACUUAUGGUCCACCUGCAGGGAAAAGAAUGACAGUCUUCAUUGAUGACAUAAAUAUGCCUCAAAUCAAUGAAUGGGGAGACCAAGUAACCAAUGAGAUUGUGAGACAAACUAUUGAAAUGAAUGGAUUUUACAACCUUGACAAGCCUGGGGACUUUACACACAUUGUGGAUGUCCAGUACCUGGCAGCCAUGAUCCAACCUGCAAAGUUCCACUAUGUCUUCAACCUCAGAGACUUGAGCAGGAUUUGGCAAGGAAUGAUUGGCACUUUACCAACAGUCAUCACCAGUGAACAAGUUUUACUCAGCUUGUGGAAGCAUGAAUGCACCAGAGUUAUUGCUGACAGAUUCAUCACUGUGGAGGACCAACAAUGGUUUGACAAUACCAUAUCUAGUCUGGUGAAAAAGGAGCUGGGGGAUCAGCAUGUUGAGAUGAUUGAUGAAUCUCAGUACUUUGUGGACUUCCUCAGAGAUGCCCCAGAGCCCACAGGGGAUGAAACAGAAGACACAGACAUGGAAAUGCCCAAAGUUUAUGAGCCCAUAACAGAUUUUGUGUCACUUAAUGAGCGCUUGCAAAUGUUCCUGAGUCAGCACAAUGAAAUGGUUAGAGGGACUGGAAUGGACUUGGUAUUCUUCAUGGAUGCCAUCAUUCACAUAGUGAAGAUUUCAAGAAUCAUAAGAAAUCCUGGUGGCAAUGCUUUGCUAGUGGGAGUUGGUGGAUCUGGAAAGCAGUCCUUGACGAAACUUGCCUCAUUCAUAGCUGGCUACAAAACUUUUCAGAUCACCUUGACAAGAUCCUACAAUGCCAACAAUUUCUUGGAAGACCUCAAGGUUCUGUACAGAACAUGUGGGAUACAAGGAAAAGGAACUACAUUCAUCUUUACAGAUCAGGAUGUUAAGGAUGAAGGGUUUUUGGAGUAUCUGAAUAAUGUGCUAUCUUCUGGAGUAGUGUCCAACCUAUUCAACAGAGAUGAACAAAGUGAGAUUAUCAUGGAGCUGAUUCCAAUAAUGAAGAGGGAGCAUCCAAGAAGACCUCCAACCCCUGAAAAUGUCAUGGACUUCUUUGUGUCCAGAGUCAGACAAAAUUUACAUGUUGUUCUCUGCUUCUCACCUGUGGGUGAGAAAUUUAGAAACAGGGCGAACAAAUUCCCUGGAUUAUUUUCUGGGUGCACCAUUGACUGGUUCCAGCCUUGGCCAAAAGAUGCAUUGGUUGCAGUGGCUCAGCAUUAUUUGAGCCAUUUUGAAGUGGUUUGCACAGCUGCAGUAAAAGGGAACUUGGUGAAAGCAAUGGGCACAAUGCAAGACAUUGUUUCCUUCUACUGUUCAGAAUACUUCCAAAGGUUCAGGAGAGCAGCGCAUGUGACACCAAAGUCUUACUUGUCCUUCCUCAAUUCUUACAAAAAUAUUUAUGCUCAGAAAAGAGAGGAAAUAGGAGAAUUAGCAGAGAGGAUGAAUUCUGGGUUGGCUAAAUUGCAAGAAGCCUCUGAGUCUGUGUCUAAGUUGAAAGAGGAGCUUUUUGUUUUGACAGAAGUUACUGAAAGAGCCAAAGAAGCAGAGCAGAUAAGAAAUCAAGUCCAAGGGAAAAAGGAUGAUGCCCAGGCUUUAGUUGAUGUUAUUGCUGUGGAUAAAGCACUGGCUGAAGAGAAGCUAGAAGCUGCAAGACCUGCUCUGGAGGAAGCUGAAUCUGCUUUGAAUACCAUCAAGCCUGCUCACAUUGCUACUGUAAGGAAACUUGGUAGACCUCCACAUCUCAUCAUGAGGAUCAUGGAUGCAGUCUUAAUCUUGUUCAGGAGAAAGCUUCAUCCAGUUGCCCCAGAUCCAACAGGAGUCAAUUUCCAGAAGCCCUCUUGGGGUGAAUCACUGAAGAUGAUGGCAAGUGCAACAUUCCUCACCCAACUCCAGACUUUCCCAAAGGACACAAUCAAUGAUGAAAUGGUUGAAUUACUGGAAACCUACUUGGAAGCAGAGGAUUACAAUAUGGAAACUGCCCAAAGGGUUUGUGGUGAUGUUGCUGGACUGCUUUCAUGGACAAAGGCCAUGGCAUUUUUUUUUGGAGUGAACAAAGAAGUCCUUCCAUUAAAGGCAAACUUGGCCCUUCAGGAAGCACGCCUAUCUCAGGCCAACAAAGAGUUGGAAAAGGCUGAGAAUGAAUUGACUCAGAAACAAAAUGAGUUGGCAGAAGUCAGGGAUCAGUAUGCCACAGCUGUCUCUGAAAGAGAAAGACUCCAAGAAGCUGCUUCAGCCUGCAGAAGAAAGAUGCAGGCUGCUGAAACUCUCAUAAAUGGAUUGGCUGGAGAGAAAUUGAGGUGGACCAAGCAAAGCAGGAUGUUCAAAGAACAAAUUGGAAAACUUGUUGGAGAUGUGCUGUUGGCAACAGCUUUCCUGUCCUAUGCAGGCCCAUUCAACCAGGAAUACAGGCUGAAGUUGAUGACCACAUGGAAGGACAAUGUUAAAAUGCACACUUUGCCCAUGUCUGAUGAUCUCAACAUCAUCAACAUGCUUGUUGACAACCCAACAAUUGCUGAGUGGAAUCUACAAGGGCUGCCUAGUGAUGAGCUAUCAGUUCAAAAUGCCAUUAUAUCCACCAAGGCUGCUUGUUACCCUCUGCUCAUUGACCCCCAGGGUCAAGGUAAACAGUGGAUCAAGAACAGGGAAUCCAUCAAUGAACUUCAGAUUACGUCCUUGAAUCACAAAUACUUCAGGACACAUUUGGAAGAUUCCCUGUCCUUGGGAAGACCUCUAUUGAUAGAGGACAUUGGUGAAGAACUGGACCCAAUUCUUGAUAACCUUCUGGAGAAGAAUUUUAUCAAAUCUGGAACAAUUGAAAAGGUGCUUAUUGGUGAUAAAGAGUUUGACAUUAUGGCUGGCUUCAUGGUCUACAUCACCACCAAGUUACCAAACCCAGCUUACACACCAGAAAUCAGUGCCAAGACCUCAAUGAUUGACUUCACAGUUACCUUGAAGGGCUUGGAGGACCAGCUCCUGGGCAGAGUAAUUUUGACAGAGAAAAGUGACCUGGAAGCUGAGAGAGUGCAGCUGCUUGAAGAUGUCAUGGAAAACAAAAAGGCUAUUAAGAAUUUAGAAGACAAUUUGCUCUACAGAUUGACUUCCAUUCAAGGGUCUUUGGUGGAUGAUGAAGAUUUGAUCCUGGUGCUGGCUGACACCAAAGCCACUGCCCAAGAAGUAUCUCAGAAACUUCAAGUGGCUGCUGAAACUGAAGCAAAAAUUAAUGCUGUCAGGGAAGAAUUCCGCCCAGUUGCUGCCAGAGGAUCCAUUCUUUAUUUUCUCAUUGUUGAAAUGAGCUCUGUGAAUUCUAUGUAUCAAACCUCCCUGAGGCAAUUCCUGAUGCUCUUUGAGCUUUCAAUGGCCAAGCAAGAUCUACAGCUUUUGAAUCCCACAGAAUCAUUGGGACCUGAGUAUGAAGAACCACCAAUCUUGGACUUGGAGCAUAUGUGCAAUGAAAGUGAUCCAAACACUCCACUGGUCUGUUUCUUGGCACUUGGAGCAGAUCCAACCACCUCCAUUGAAAGCUUAGCCAAAUCCAAAGAAUUCACUUUGAGGUCAAUAUCAAUGGGACAAGGACAAGAAAUCCCAGCUAGAAAGUUGUUGCAUGAUUGCAUGCAAACUGGUGAUUGGCUUCUGUUGCAAAAUUGCCACUUGUCAUUGCCAUUCUGUGGGGAAGUACUGGAUGCAGUUUCUGAAAGUUUUGGGAUCAAUACUAACUUCAGGAUUUGGAUCACCACUGAGUACCAUCCUCAAUUCCCCAUUGGCCUGCUGCAGAUGUCAAUCAAGUUUACCAAUGAGCCUCCUCAAGGAAUUAAAGCAAGUUUGAAGAGAACCUACAACAGCAUCAAUCAGGACUUCUUGGAGUACUCCAAUGCACCACAAUGGCAGCCUUUGUUGUAUGCAGUGGCAUUUCUGCAUACCACAGUCCUGGAGAGAAGAAAGUAUGGACCAUUGGGUUGGAACAUACCUUAUGACUUUAACCAAGCAGAUUUCAUGGCUUCUGUGCAGUUUAUACAGAACCACCUGGAUGACAUGGACCCUAAAAAGGGAGUGUCAUGGACUACAAUUUGCUACAUGUUGGGACAAGUGCAAUAUGGUGGGAGAGUCACAGAUGAUUUUGAUCAUCAUCUCUUGAGGACAUUUGCUGAGGAAUGGUUCACAGAACACUUAUUUGCCAGUGAUUUUUGCUUCUACAAGGGAUACCACAUUCCCAGAUGCAAGACCACCGUUGGUUACCUGGAAUACAUCAACAUGUUGCCAUCCAAUGACUCUCCUGAAGUGUUUGGGCUGCAUCCAAAUGCUGACAUAACGUAUCAAAUCAACACAGCAAAAGACAUACUGGACACCAUUUUGAACAUUCAGCCCAAAGAAGGUGCAGGUCAAGGAGGUGGAGAAACCAGGGAAGCUGUUGUUUACAGACUGUGUGAUGACAUGUUGAGCAAACUGCCACCAGCUUAUGUGAAAGAAGCCCUUAAUAAGCUGGGAGGUCUGGCUAUGCCAAUGAAUAUCUUCCUAAGGCAAGAGAUUGACAGGAUGAAGAAGAUUGUGGAAUCUGUAAGGUCUACAUUGAUUGACUUGAAACUGGCCAUUGAAGGAACAGUCAUUAUGAGUCAGAAUCUCAGGGAAGCUUUGGAUGCCAUGUAUGAUGCCAGGGUUCCAACCCAGUGGGUCAAGUUGUCAUGGGAAUCUGCCACAUUGGGCUUCUGGUUCACAGAGCUGAUUGAAAGAGACAUUCAGUUCAGGAGAUGGUGUUUCCAUGGGAGGCCCAACUGCUUCUGGAUGACAGGCAUGUUCAAUCCUCAAGGAUUCCUCACAGCAAUGAGACAGGAAGUGACCAGAGCUCACAAGGGUUGGGCACUGGACAGUGUGGUGCUGCAAAAUAUGAUCACCAAGUUCAACAAAGAGGACAUCAAUGAACCUCCACCUGAGGGUGUAUACAUUCAUGGAUUGAUUCUAGAGGGCGCUUCUUGGGACAGAAAACGUGGUAAACUUGUGGAGAGCAAACCAAAGGUGAUCCACGAGGAGCUCCCAGUGGUGUACGCCUAUGCGAUUGCGUCCACAUCCGGCAAGGACCCCAGUGCCUACGAGUGCCCCAUCUACCGGAAGCAGAAGCGCACUGAGCAGUGCUACUUGGGUUCCUUCGACCUCAUGGGCGACAAGUCGGCAGCGCAUUGGGUCCUUCGCGGCGUGCUGUAUGAGUCAUUGCCGGUCAUAUACGUGUUCGCCAUCAACAGCACUUCCGGCAAGGACCGAAGGUUGUAUGAAUGUCCCAUUUACCGCAAGCCACAAAGGACAAGCACCAUGUACAUAGGAUCCAUAGACUUCGAGACGCAGGACUCGCAUCCAAGUCACUGGACUCUGCGUGGAGUAGCACUGCUCUGUGACAUCAAGUGA